UUUCACAUUCGUCAAAACAUGGCGGCCUCCUUGCGGAUGGGUUGUCAAGGAGUUAUAUUUGGCCUGAGAUUUGCAAAGCUUAAAACACCUUGGACUUCACAUCCUUUUCAUGACAAUGUCAGACACUUCUUUCAAUCGUCGUAUUUAUUUGGGGCCGCCCCAGUCAAAGUGGAGAUGCCUGCUCUCUCUCCCACCAUGGAGGAGGGAAACAUUGUCAAAUGGCUGAAGAAAGAAGGUGAGGCGGUAGCGGCUGGCGAUGCUCUCUGUGAGAUUGAGACAGACAAGGCUGUUGUUACCAUGGAGUCUAACGAUGAUGGUGUUCUGGCAAAGAUACUGAUGGAAGAGGGCAGUCGUGCCGUCCGUCUGGGUACUCUUAUCGCCCUCAUGGUGGAGGAAGGGGAGGACUGGAAGACUGUGGAGAUCCCACCCCAAGUGGCAGCUGCAGGCACACCGGCUCCUCAGUCUCCUGUAGCACCUUCCCUUCCCGCAGCCCCUGCUGCUCCCACACCCCCAUCCCCCAGAGCAGCCUCCACAGGACUGUUGCGGUUGAGCCCGGCAGCCAGACACAUCUUGGACACACACGGUCUGGACCCCCAGCUUGCUACACCCACUGGACACAGGGGCAUUAUAACCAAGGAAGAUGCCCUUAAUCUCCUGAAAAAGUUCCCUGAUUCAAAGAUGGCUCCAGUUCAAUCAGCCCCUGCACAGAGGCCUAUGGCAACAGCUGCCCCACUUCCCCCAGGCAGCAGGCCCAUGUAUCCUCCUCAGUCCAUACCUGGCAAACCAGGAGCACCGGGCACCUUUUCAGAGAUUCCGGCCUCUAAUGUGCGGCGUGUCAUUGCCCAGAGACUGACACAGUCCAAGACAACCAUCCCCCAUGCAUAUGCCUCCGUUGACUGUAACCUAGGGGCUGUCAUUCAACUCCGUAAAGAGAUGGCCAAAGCUGAGAUCAAGGUGUCUGUCAAUGAUUUCAUCAUCAAGGCUGCUGCUGCUACACUCCGAGAGCUACCAGAGGUCAAUGUGACCUGGUCGGAGGAGGGGCCCCAGACGCUAGACUCCAUCAGCAUCUCUAUUGCUGUAGCGACAGAGAAGGGCCUCAUCACCCCCAUCAUCACAAAUGCUGCUGACAAGGGGGUGCAAGAAAUAUCUGCCAACGCCAAGGCACUGGCCCAAAAGGCUCGGGAUGGGAAGCUACUUCCACAUGAGUACCAAGGAGGCUCUUUCAGUAUUUCUAACCUGGGCAUGUUUGGCAUCACUGGGUUCAGUGCAGUGAUCAACCCUCCCCAGGCGUGUAUCUUGGCAGUGGGCACCUCAAGGGCUGUGCUGCAUCUGACCAAGGAGACCGGUGCCUUGUGCACACAGCAGCUUAUGACCGUCACUCUCUCCAGUGAUGGGCGCCUAGUGGAUGACGAGCUGGCAUCACGUUUCCUGGACAAGUUCCGAGCCAACCUGGAGUGGCCGCAGCGCAUGGCCCUGGCCUGACAUAGAGGGAUGGAUGGAGGCAAAGGGAGAAAUGGAAGAGAGAGGGAAACCCAUCGGGAAGCCUGAAGCAUUGUCAGCCAGGAAGCAGUUGUCUUGAGUUCAUUGUAUAUUUUAGUUAAGUUAAGUUUGCUCAUGUCAAAGUUAUCUAUGGUGAAGGGUAGCUGCAUAUAUGUGCCACUGACAUGUAUACAUGUGAUGCAGAACAUAUAAACCAUAGAUAUGACAACUCUUUUAGCUGUUCAUAACAUCUACUAUGUUAUGAUUAUAACUGAUUAGGCUUUGUGAUGGAGGAGGUUUACUGUUACUGGAGAGUUAAUGUAGCAGAGCACUGGCCAAAUGUUACCAUACUAGGAUAUAUCCAAUUUAAUCUGUGGCGAUGCGUCAGAGCUAUUCUAACACAUUGUUUGUAUAUAAAGUCACUACUCUAUUUCAAGAAUCUCAUGGUCCUAAUAAAAGGAACAAUGUCACAUUAAGUUUCCAUCCAUUCACCUGGACAAUGCAAACUGAUGCUGAUGUUAUAGACCUUUGUAUUUGUAAAUUUCCUAUUCUCGUAUUUAUUAUUAGGCACUGACAAUACUGCAUUCCUCCUGUGACAGUAAAUCUGGCCCUGUUUGACUGAGUGGCACCUAGAAAUUCCCUUGAUUAUUAAAACGUGGUUUCUGGUUCUGUUAGCUCUCCUAAUGGGUAGCAAGGAAAACAGACAUUAGUGAAAUUGUCUAAAAUACAGAUUCUAACUUAUCUCAAAUAUGAAAUGCUGCAUUAUAACCAACACCUGGAAAUUUAUAUAAAUGUAAAAAUGCCAAACCAAUAAAUUGCAUAUUUUGUGUUCGAGCCAGAAAA